GGCAAAGCAAAAAUAUUAAACUCAUCCUGAGACUUACUCUCAGUUUUGUCGUGAAUCUCAACAAAGAAACAGCACACAGAAUAAUUCAGCAAUGACUAAGAAAUUUAUUGCAUUAGUUUGCAUGUUGUUUGUGGUCAAUUUAGUAUCAGCUGAUGAUUCAGAUAAUGAAAAUACUCUGAGAUGUUUGGUUAAAUAUUUGAAGACAAUGGGAGUCAAUGAAGAAUUUUUUUCUGACGUUAAUACGCAAAUUGGCUCUGAAGUCGAUUGCAAUUCUUUGAUGGACGCUCGCUUGACUAAGGCGUAUGGGAAAAUCCAAGAUAAGCUUAAUUCUGAUGCGUUCUUUUCAAAAUAUACUGAUUGUAUUAUGAAAUCGAUCAAGACAGAAACGAACAAAGUCAUUCUUUUACAACGAGAAGCUAUUAAAAUACACGGACUUGGCAUUAAAGUGUGGAAUUAUUUUAAUCAAAAGGAGCAUCUCGAUGGAUUGAAAAAGAAGGUUGAAGAUUCCAUCAAUAAAGUAGCAUCAGAGAAAUGCAUCACUGUUUAUUAAGAUCAGCUGCAUUUAACAAACUGAAAAUUAAUAAAAAAAUAAACAAAACAAAUUGAAGCUUUAAUUUAAAUCUAUUUCUCCACAAAUUCCAUCUUGUAAUCUAAAUGUGUCUG